CAGCGGUCCCACGCCCUUUGCAUCUUGAGUGCUGCCCGCUGCGCCGUCCAGCCUCUGCCUUAGCACCACCACCACCCGGCCGCUCUCCACCCCUGGCCACCAUGUCGCGCCCGCAGCCCGAGUACGUGCGCCUCGGCCGCGCCGGCGUCAAGAAGACGGUGCCGCUGGGCAGCGGCGCCAUGAAGGCCGACAUCCGCCGCGUCGGGCUGCUCAAGGACCACUCGGCGCUGCAUCGCGCGCCGCCGUGGGCCGCGACGACGGCGACGGCCUUCCGCACGCUGCUCCUCGUGCGCGUCGUCAGCGCCAUGUACUCGGGCAUCGCCGACUGCGACGAGACGUUCAACUACUGGGAGCCGCUGCAUCUCCUCGCGCACGCCCCAUGGCCGCUCGGCACGGCGCAGAGCCCGUUCCAGACCUGGGAGUACAGCCCGCAGUACGCCAUUCGCAGCUGGGCGUACGUGGCGCAGUAUCUGCCCGUCGCCAGCUGGCUGCCGGCGCUUGCCAACAUGGAGAAGCGCUACGCCUUCUUUGCCAUUCGCAUCGCGCUUGCUGCGACUAGCUCGCUGUGCGAGGCAUUCUUCGUCCGCGCCGUUGCGCAGGUGAUCAACCCGCGCGUGAGCCGGUACUUCCUGGCCCUGCUCGUCGCGAGUGCGGGCAUGUACGAGGCCUCCACCGCCCUGCUGCCGUCGACCUUCAGCAUGUACACGUCGGCGCUGGCGCUGUCGUACGCCUUCUACCCCUCGCGCUCGGCCGCGCUCUUCCCCUCGAAUGCCGCCACGGCGCCGACGCCCAAGUACCGCACGGGCCUCGCGACAGGCUUCUUCGCGCUGGGCGCGCUGCUCGGCUGGCCCUUUGCGCUUGCACUCGCACUGCCCUUCGUCUUCGAGGAGCUCUUCCUCGCGAGCGGCCAGCUCGUGUCUGCAGCGCGCUUGACCGAGUUUCGCUCAGCACGCUUGAUGAACUGGCUGCGCUGCGUGGCCGCCGCAGGCGCCAUCGCGCUGCCCAUAGUCGCCAUCGACUCGCUGGCUUACGGCCGGACGGUCAUCGGCACGCUCAACAUCUUCAUCUACAACGUCCUCUCCUCGCGCCGCGGCGCCGGACCGGAGCUCUAUGGCGUGGAGCCGUGGCACUUCUACCUGCAGAACCUGAUGCUCAACUUUGGCCCGGCAUUUGUGCUGGCCAUGCUGUCGCUGCCUGCCGUUGCCCUCACUCUGCGCUUCGACCGCAAGCGCCUGGCCCUCCUGCCGCUGGCCGAGGAGGAGCUCAAGAAGAAGAAGGGCGAGGAGCAGCUCGUCGGCUCGACGUACACUACGCUGCUGCUCGUGCGUCUCGCGCCCCUUUACCUCUGGCUGGGCAUCCUCACGCUGCAGCCGCACAAGGAGGAGCGCUUCGUGUAUCCGGCGUACCCGCUCAUUUGCUUUAACGCCGCCGUCACGAUCUACCUCUUCCGUGGCCUCGUGGAGCGCGCCUUUGUCAAGCGGACCAAGUCGCCGUACCAGGCUUCACGCACCAUGCUCUUCUCCAACCUGACCAGCGGCGCCUGCAUCCUGACCGGCCUUUUGUCGAUCUCGCGCGUGCUGCAGACUGCGCCGGCGCAGCGGGCGCCCAUCGCUCUCCUGCAGCAUCUCGGCACGUGCGAGCUGCCGCGCGUCGUCGCAGCGCACUUCCCUGGCACACUCUCGCCGUCGGUGCAGGAGCGCAUCAACAACAACGAGCACCCCGUGAUGACGCUCGAGGAGAUGGAGAAUCUGCCGCGCAACUGGCACCGCCGUGGACACAAGGGCCACGAGCGCGAAGUGCCGGUCGUCGACCUUGCGCCGCUGACACAGCUGCGCAACGACCUCGACGGACAAGAGGGCAUUCGGCUGUGCUUCGGCAAGGAGUGGCACCGCUUCCCGACGCACUUUCUCGUGCCCGACGGCGCGCGCGUCGAUUUCAUCCGCUCCGAGUUCCGCGGUAUCCUGCCGAAGCACUUUGCCGUGCCGCCGGUCGGCGACCCGAUGCCUCGCCUCGAUGGUGUGCUCGGCUGGGCGUGGCCGUGGAAGGCUAGCACACGCGCGCUGCAGGACGGCUUCAACGACCUCAACCGCGAGGAGGAGGACCGCUACGUCGACAUCGCGACGUGCGACUACCUCGUCGACUCUGACCACCCGCACCGCUACGCCGACGGCUCCAAGCCUGCGCCGCUCGAGCCGCGCUACGCCGCUGCCUCCGAUGAGUGGGAGCGCCUGCUGUGCAGGCCCCUGCUCGACCUGCCUGCAAGCCGCGCCGAUGCUGCGGCCAGCAAGCUGGCGAAGCUGCGCGCCACGAUCGAGCGCGCCUUCUGGCUGCCGCAGCGCUUCCGGGCGGGCACGAACCGCUACGCCGAGCUGUGUCUGCUGCGCACCACGCGGUCAGACAGCCUCACCAUCAAGCAAGUGCAGCCGACGGUCGCGUGAAGGGAGGGUGACAUUGAAUAGAGCGCGGCCCGGCUGCGUGCCCGGCGCAGCAGCCAGGCAGGCGAAUGCAUGAAGUACAUCAAUGGAGA